AUGAGUGAGGUAUUUGAGGGGUACGAGCGCCAAUACUGCGAGCUCUCCGCCAAUCUAUCAAAGAAGUGUACGGCUGCUACCGCUGUUGAUGGAGAGGGAAAAAAACAGAGAAUUGCAGAGGUAAAAGCUGGAUUAGAUGAUGCUGAUACUUUGCUUAGGAAAAUGGACCUUGAGGCAAGGAGUUUGCAGCCAGGUGUGAAGGCAGCGCUUCUUGCCAAGUUAAGAGAAUAUAAGACUGAUUUCAACAAUCUUAAAAGCCAAGUUAAGAGAAUCACAUCACCUGUUGCUAAUCAUGCAGCCCGGGACGAGUUGCUGGAGCCCGGAAUGGCAGAAACCUUGACGACAUCAAAAGAUCAAAGAGGGAGAUUAUUGAUGACAACUGAAAGAUUAAAUCAGUCGACGGACAGGGUCAAGGAGAGUCGAAGAAAAAUGCUAGAAACAGAAGAGCUUGGGGUCUCAAUCCUCCAAGAUUUACAUCAACAACGCCAGUCUCUUCUACAUGCCCAUAAUACAAUCCAUGGGGUGGAUGGAAACAUUAGCAAGAGCAGAAGGGUCCUGACAGAAAUGACAAGCAGGAUGAAUAGGAACAAAUGGAUUGUUGGCUCCAUAAUCGGAGUCCUUGCCCUUGCCAUCAUGAUUAUCCUUUAUCUUAAGCUUACCCGCUAG